AUGGCCACCCCCGCCCCUGCCACCGCCGGCGAGCUCCUACGCGUCGAACCCCUCGAGCUACGUUUCCCCUUCGAGUUGAAGAAGCAGAUCUCGUGCUCCAUGCAGCUGUCGAAUCACACCGACGACUACAUCGCCUUCAAGGUGAAAACUACAAGUCCAAAGAAGUAUUCAGUGCGGCCCAACACUGGGGUUGUAUUGCCACGGUCUACCUGUGAUGUUGUUGUUACGAUGCAAGCACAGCGGGAAACCCCGCCUGACAUGCAGUGCAAAGAUAAGUUCCUAGUCCAAAGCGUCGUUGCCCCUGCUGGUAUAACUGUGAAGGAUGUCACAGGGGAUAUGUUUACGAAGGAGUCUGGGAAUAAGAUGGAAGAGGUCAAGUUGCGAGUGACCUAUGUUGCUCCUCCACAGCCACCCUCUCCAGUUCCAGAGGAAUCUGAAGAAGGUUCUCCAUCUAGGGCUUCUGAAUCAGAAAAUGGAGAUGGACCUGCUGGAGGAUUCACCAGAGCGCUGAGAGAGCGCAUCGAGCCUCAAGACAAAUCUAUAGAGGCUGGAGCUUUGAUUUCCAAGUUGACUGAAGAAAAGAAUUCUGCGAUUCAACAGAAUCAUAGACUUAGACAGGAACUUGAUUUGGUGAGACAGGUGAUCAGCAAGAGGCGUGGAGGGGGCUUCUCCUUUAUCAUUGUCAUAAUUGUUGCUUUGAUCGGCAUCAUCCUGGGCUAUCUGAUGAAGUCAUAA